AUGACCGCAACAAAGUACGGUUCACGGUACAUAUGUUUGAAGCUGAAGCUUCACUGGUGGAACAUUGUGGUCCGAACAGAGGGAAAAGAAAAGGUUAAGGAGAUGAAGUGGGAAGAGUUUAUUCAAAAGUUUCUUGCUAAGUAUUGUCCUCCUAGUGAGACUGAGCAACUGGAAGUGGAAUUCUUUCAAUUAAAAAUGGGAAAUAAAACCUAUCGAGAAUAUGUUUCUCGUUUCAACGACAUAUCUCGACUGGUUUCUUAUUUAGCAUUGACCGAGGAACAACUGAUCAAUAGGUUUAUUUGGGGUCUACCCUCUGAAAUGAGGGUGUUUAUCAAAUCCAAAUCCCCCAAGACUUUUGCAGAAACUGUUGAGGCUGGCGCCGUCAUGGCUGCCGAGAUGAUUCUGCGGCAGGCUGAAUCUCCCGCACCAAAAAGAAAGUGGGAAGAAAGAAAGGGGGACACCCGGAAUAACAACUUUAAAAGGCCUAAAACAUUUCCUCAAUGUCAAAUUUGCAAAUGCUUUCAUACGGGGGAAUGUCGUUUUCCUUGUCCAAAUUGUAAAAAGACGGGUCAUGCUCUUCAAGAAUGCAAGGAAAAGAAGAAGUGUUUCAAAUGUGGAGACCCUAACCACAUGAGAUCUGAAUGUCCCGAACUUAAAAGAAAUGAUAGGACACAACCAAAUCAGCCAAAAGGGCGGGCAUUUGUACUCACCACGGAAGAAGCCAAGACCAAUACAGACGUUAUCACGGGUACGUAUCUCGUAAAUGAUGUAUAUGCGCGUGUGUUAUUUGAUACCGGUGCAAAUAGAAGUCUAGUGUCGACUACCUUUAGACCUUUCUUGAACCAGGCGUCCCAAACCCUAGAUCAUACCUUUACAGUAGAAAUGGCUGAUGGAAGUCAAAGAGAGAUAGUUGACAUAGUUGACAUAGUUGACAUAGUUAAGAAUUGUAAAAUAAGCUUAAACAACCAUGUUAUCCCUAUAGACCUAAUGCCUAUGGAACUUGGAGAAUUCGACAUAGUCAUAGGAAUGGACUGGUUGACACCAUAUCAUGCGGAAAUUAUAUGUGACAAAAGAAUCGUCCAACUCCGAUUACCCAACGAUAAACAACUAACUGUAUCGGGAGACCGCACUGACAAGACUAAGAACCUCAUCACGAUAGCACAAGCACAUAAAUGCCUAAGGAAAGGUGCAAUUCCUAGGCCACGUGAUAAAUGA